AUUAGGUGCAGGGUGAGAUGGUGGUGCAAUUUAAGGUUUUCCCUUUAUUUUUUGUUUUGUCACAAUGUGGAAUGCACAUUCCGAACUGAGAAAGGAAGCAAUACGCCAAAACACGUCUAGUCUACCGGAAAUUCAGAAGAAGAAGUCUGUCUCUCACUGACGUCAAUGCAGGACUAGGUUGCGCCAUUUUGAAAGUAGAAGCAGGGAGAGGGAAAUUUUGCAAGCAAGCAGCCAGCUAAACAAGAAGCUUUGCAAGGUGUUCCAAGGGAGCGUUGCUGAUUGUCAAAGCACUGCUAAGCAAGAUAAGUGACAUGAGAAGUUGAAGAAUAGUAGGGGGGAAAAGCCACACACUCUAUAGCUUUACGAUUCACCUGCACAUCGAUAUUCUGCUUGUACACACCCUAGCACGGUAAACUGGAAAGAUAAGCAAGGGCCCCAACCAAGACAAGCCCUCCUCGACAGAGAUUCCCUCUCCACCAUGGCAGGAGCUGGCGGCGGAGGCAAUGAUGUGCAGUGGUGUUUUUCUCAAGUCAAAGGAGCGAUUGAUGACGAUGUGGCUGAAGCUGACAUCAUAUCCACUGUGGAAUUCAAUCACUCUGGGGAGCUACUAGCCACUGGGGACAAGGGGGGCCGCGUUGUGAUCUUUCAGCAGGAGCUAGAGAGCAAGAACCAGCCACAGUGCCGUGGGGAGUACAAUGUUUACAGCACCUUCCAGAGCCACGAGCCUGAGUUCGACUACCUGAAGAGCCUUGAGAUCGAGGAGAAGAUCAACAAGAUCCGGUGGCUGCCUCAGAAGAACGCUGCACAGUUCCUCUUGUCCACAAAUGAUAAAACUAUAAAGCUGUGGAAAAUCAGUGAACGGGACAAGCGACCAGAGGGGUACAACCUCAAGGAAGAGGAUGGGCGCUACAGAGACCCCACUACCGUCACAACACUACGGGUCCCAGUGUUUCAGCCGAUGGACCUGAUGGUUGAGGCCAGCCCCAGGCGAGUGUUUGCUAAUGCACACACCUACCACAUCAACUCCAUCUCAGUCAACAGUGACUGUGAGACCUACUUGUCUGCCGAUGACCUUCGCAUCAACCUCUGGAACCUAGAGAUCACUGACCGCAGCUUUAACAUUGUGGACAUCAAGCCAGUCAACAUGGAGGAGCUGACAGAGGUGAUUACAGCAGCAGAGUUCCAUCCAAACCAGUGCAACACAUUUGUCUACAGUAGCAGCAAGGGCACCAUCCGCCUCUGUGACAUGAGAGCAUCCGCUCUCUGUGACCAGCACUCCAAACUGUUUGAAGAGCCUGAAGAUCCAAGCAAUCGUUCAUUCUUCUCUGAGAUUAUCUCCUCCAUCUCUGAUGUCAAGUUCAGCCACAGUGGGCGCUACAUGAUGACCCGGGACUACCUGUCCGUCAAAAUCUGGGACCUCAACAUGGAGUCCCGUCCAGUAGAGACUUAUCAGGUUCAUGAAUACCUCAGGAGUAAACUGUGCUCACUCUAUGAGAACGACUGCAUCUUUGAUAAGUUUGAGUGCUGCUGGAAUGGAAACGACAGUGUUGUGAUGACAGGCUCAUACAACAACUUCUUCAGGAUGUUUGACCGAGGCUACCGGCAGGAUGUGACCCUGGAGGCGUCUCGGGAGAGCAGUAAGCCUCGUUCUGUGCUCAAGCCCCGCAAGGUGUGCACAGGUGGGAAGCGCAAGAAGGACGAGAUCAGUGUAGACAGCCUGGACUUUAACAAGAAGAUCCUCCACACGGCCUGGCACCCUCAGGACAACAUCAUUGCAGUGGCCACCACUAACAACCUCUAUAUAUUUCAGGACAAACUGUAACAAAUAUUCAAUGAACCCUUCAUAUCCCAGAUCCCACUUUAGCCUCACUACUCUGGUCCCCAACAUCUCGACUGGAGAAGUGCAGCAAAACGCCUCUGUUUUGAUGGCUUUCUUAGUCUUAUUUCCUGUUCAGGGGGCUCCAACAGUACCACACUUCUUCUGCCACAUUGCAACUGUUGUCCACUACAUCCCAAAGGGAACACUUUUAUAACACUAGUCUUUAAGAUAUUGUUUAUUUUGUUAAUUUACUAUGUUGCUCAUUUAACGGUUUUGGUGCCACAAGCAUUUUUUAUAUAUACAAGCAUUUUUUCUUUUGAUAGGAAGUUGUUCCCUCCAUCGUUGACACAGAUCACAACAUUGCUAUUCUUCACUGACCAAAUUGGCAAGCUGACAGCUCUCAAUUUUUGUCCCAGGUCAUUUGUCAAAUUUCCAAGUUUGCUCACCCUCCUCUUUCACAUACAGUACACACUUACUCUAAACAUUGAUGUAGACAAGCAUACACACGCAAUAGCUCAACUCAGUUGGUGGGCUGGGUUGGGGUCUGGGGGUAAUUUCGAGACGACCAUGUAAAAUAUACAGUUAGCCAGUCUGAGACUACAGACAAGGGUUAACCCUCUGGUAAGCACAGUGCCCUUCUCCAGAGCUAGCCUACAGUAUGAAGCCAUUGCUUUUCCAAGUAAACGGUAGUGGGCAGAGGCAUUGCAGCCUAAUCUCCUUCUUGCACUUAGAGUGCCACCAUGUACAGCUCAUCACAGAGGCUCCAGUGCAGUAAUUGCAGGAGAAAGACAGGCCUGCCUUGGCUGACCUGCAUGAUUUGUCAGUUUUUAAAUGUGAGCGGCAACCAUUUGUACCUCUGCUGCUCAGUUCCAUGCAUGCGUCUUGACUUAUGCUUAUGUUUCUUGUGAAUUUUUAAGUUUUCCCUCUGGAUCAAGUUUUGUUUGUUUUUUAAUGAUGUUUUGUACUUCAGAUAAAGAAUAAUCACUAUAAUUAGUUUAUUUUUGUAUGAAUUAAGAAGACAGAAAUAUUGAUUCAUAUUCUUUAAUCCCCUCUCACUACUUGGUGUAGUCUGAUCACUGUUGUCUAUUAAGCUGUAGGUUUUGGACGGAUCUAUGGACUGAAGGAUUACUUGGACUGGUGAUAGUUAAUCUGACUUAUUGUGUUAAAUUCACGUGAGCUGCGGGUUUAAAGAUGGAGUGCAUAUUAAUGUGCCAUUAAUAAAGGCUUUAUGCAUGUUGGAUGUCCAAAUAAGUAUUUUCAGGUAUGUGUCACUUUGGAAUCAUAAUGGUCAUUUGUUUUUGUAUUUGGGUUACUGUAACCGAUAUUGACUGGAAUGGAUUCGGGUGCUUCUGAGUUAAAGCUAGUUCAUUUGCGCUAAUUGUUUUAACUCCGGUGUGGAUCUGUGUGCAUCCGUUUGUUUGCCAUGGCUGUGUUUUCCAAAAAAAUUGCACUGAGUAAAAGAGAAUUUUAUUAUUAAUAGCCCAUUGUACGUUGGUUGAGAAUGGGAAAGGCAUUAUCUGUUUGCUUCAGUUUGACUGAAGAAAUGCUCUUAACCGUGCGUUCACUGAGUAUCAGGUUUAUUGACUAGACAGGGUUACUGACUUGAAAUAUUUGAUGAAACAAUAUUUUCUCUCUUUGAUUGUGCAUAAGUUUUUUAUGCAGGAAACAAACUAAACUGUUAAGUGAGUUGUGUUAGUGGGUAUCAUUGGAUGGAAUUACUGGGUAAUGUCAGCUCAGGGCAUUGGAGACAGUAUUUCAAAUAAACGGCAUUUCCAGCGUUUGUACUGUAUUUAGUCAAUGUGGCAUUCUUUGUUGAUAUUUUGGGAAGUAAAUCAUUUUUUGUUCUGUCUGUAGCACAUGGCUACGCGAAUACUUGAUUGACGAGAUACCAAUUGUGAGCCAUUUGAUCGUAAUAAGUUAGCAUUAAGCGUAUCAAUUGAGUCUCAUUUACUAGUAAGGCUACCAAUAAGCACUAUUGCAGACUGUGCAAUAAAGGUCAUUAGCUCUACUGGUGUUGUGAGGGUCACUUCCUCAUGUCCUUGUUGAAUACUUAGAUUUUCUUAUGUUUGUUUUGUGGACAGUUUAUAAUGGCUGUCACUUAUAAUAGCUGUUGUGAAAAUGUGUCAUAACAUGAGGAAGAAGAGUAGCCUACUACUAGCCUUAUGUUUAGUUAUGGUUAAGAUGUAAAAUGCUCAAUAGGAGAAGCAACACGUGAUACCCCUAACCCCAUACCGCCAUCACACUCUUGGCAUUAGAACAUCACGGCUCAGUUACGGUACAAAUGUAAUUUUUGCCACAGAUUGGAUCUUAUUUAUAUAUAUAUAUAUAUAUAUAUAUACAUACAUAUAUACAUACAUACAUACAUACAUACAUACAUACAUACAUACAUACAUACAUACAUACAUACAUACAUACAUACAUACAUACAUACAUACAUACAUACAUACAUACAUACAUACAUACACACAUACAUACAUACACACAUACAGUUGAAGUCGGAAGUUUACAUACACCUUAGCCAAAUACAUUUAAACCCAGUUUUUCACAAUUCCUGACAUUUAAUUCUUGUAUAAAUUCCCUGUCUUAGGUCAGUUAGGAUCACCACUUUAUUUUAAGAAUGUGAAAUGUCAGAAUAAUAGUAUAGAGAGUGAUUUAUUUCUGUCUUUCAUCACAUUCCCAGUGGGUCAGAAGUUUACAUACACUCAAUUAGUAUUUGGUACCAUUGCCUUGUUUAACUUGUGUCAAUUGUUUCGGGUAGCCUUCCACAAGCUUCCCACAAUAAGUUUGGGGGAAUUUUGGCCCAUUCCACCUGACAGAGCUGGUGUAACUGAGUCGGGUUUGUUGUAGGCCUCCUUGCUCGCACAUACUUUUUCAGUUCUGCCCACAAAUUUUCUAUAGGAUUGAGGUCAGGGCUUUGUGAUGGCCACUCCAAUACCUUGAAUUUGUUGUCCUUAUGCCAUUUUGCCACAAUUUUGGAAGUAUGCUUGGGGUCAUUGUCCAUUUGGAAGACCUAUUUGCGACCAAGCUUUAACUUCCUGACAGAUGUCUUGAUGUUGCUUCAAUAUAUCCACACAAUUUCCUUUCCUCAUGAUGCCAUCUAUUUUGUGAAGUACACCAGUCCCUCCUGCAGCAAAACACCCCCACAACAUGAUGCUGCCACCCCCGUGCUUCACGGUUGGGAUGGUGUUCUUCAGCUUACAAGCAUCCCCCUUUUUCCUCCAAACAUAACUGGUCAUUAUGGCCAAACAGUUCUAUUUUUGUUUCAUCAGACCAGAGGACAUUUCACCAAAAUGUACGAUCUUUGUCCCCAUGUGCAGUUGCAAACCGUAGUCUGGCUUUUUUAUGGCAGUUUUGGAGCAGUGGUUUCUUCCUUACUGAGUGGCCUUUCAGGUUAUGUGGAUAUAGUUGCUUUUGUACCUGUUUCCGCCAGCAUUUUCACAAGGUCUUUUGCUGUUGUUCUGGGAUUGAUUUGCACUUUCCACACCAAAAUACGUUCAUCUCUAGGAGACAGAACGCGUCUCCUUCCUGAGCGGUUUGACAGCUGCGUGGUCCCAUGGUGUUUAUACUUGCAUACUAUUGUUUGUACAGAUGAACGUGGUACCUUCAGGCGUUUUGGAAAUUGCUCCCAAGGAUCAACCAGACUUGUGGAGGUCUACAAUAUUUUUUCUUCUGAGGUCUUGGCUGAUUUCUUUUGAUUUUCCCAUGAUGUCAAGCAAAGAGGCACUGAGUUUGAAGGUAGGCCUUGAAAUACAUCCACAGGUACACCUCCAAUUGACUCAAAUUAUGUCAAUUAGUCUAUUUGAAGCUUCUAAAGCCAUGACAACAUUUUCUGGAAUUUUCCAAGCUGUUUAAAGGCACAGUCAACUUAGUGUAUUAACUUCUGACCCACUGGAAUUGUGAUAACGUGAAAUAAUGUCUGUAAACAAUUGUUGGAAAAUUUACUUGUCAUGCACAAAGUAGACGUCCUAACCGACUUGCCAAAACUAUAGUUUGUUAACAAGAAAUUUGUGGAGUGGUUGAAAAACGAGUUUUAAUGACUCCAACCUAAGUGUAUGUUAACUGCGAUCUUCAACUGUAUAUCUCUGCUGUCAGUUUAGACUAAAACAAUACUUGGAGACACCUGAUCAAAAUAAAAUAAUACUUUCCCCCACACACUCCUGUCUUCACAGCUCUUGUCUAAAGCCACCAAAUGUCAUUCAGAAGGACCUAAUUGCCUUUAUCAUAGCAGAGGAAAUUAGAUCAAGUAUGUUUCCUGAAGUGACUGGCGGCUUGUCAGGCAGGAGAAUGCUCAGGGGGACUUAAAUAUAAUGUAUUCACAGGACUCACAACUGAAUGCACUUUUUAUUUUUGUGAAUUUCUUUUAUUUUUAUGUUUUGUUUUGAGGGACUCUUGAUAAAGAUUGGGAAAUUCUGGGUGAUUUAAAAGGAAUACAGCAGUUUUAAAGGUUCACAGUAUAGGUCUGUUUGCAUUUGUCGAACAGAAUAAAAUACAGUUUAGGUUAAUGAGUAAUAAAGAAUGAAUACAAUAAUUGUAA